AAUUGACAUGUGCGUCACCAAAAACGCAGCGUUUGACUUCGUAAAUCGCGCACUUUAUGUUCUCCAAGCUCAAAUUUGGGUAAAAUAAACCCUAAUUAUUACUCUUCGUCAUCUCCGUUCAACGAUUAACAAUUUGCUAAGAAUGAUUAAUUUGCAGAAGAAUGAAGAGAACAAUGCCAUGGAAUGAUCAGGUUGAUAUAUUAUCAUCAGAUGAAUUUUCCUCUUCGUCUUCUGUAGACAUGAACACUAAUGAUGGAGUUCAUAAGAUUACUGUGGAUCUACCUAUUAAGCAAUUAUCAUCCCAAGGUGUAUUGAUAAGAAGAGCUGAAAUGUAUCAAGAUUAUAUGAGGAAGCUUCCAAUUCCGACACAGCAUGGCUCUGUCAUUCUGUUUACUUCGUGGGUGGGUCUAGGGAAUUCGAUUAAGCAAUUGUAUGAGCAGCCCUUACAUUACCUUACAAACCUUCUUCUAAGACAGUGGGAUCAGCUGAGGUUUGACAAUGGAGAUGAACAGCCUUUGGAUAUGAUAAUUCAUCCUUGCAAGGCUGAAGCCGCAGUCUGGCUUGUCGAAGAAAUUCACAGGAAUACCUCAUCACAUCAUCAUCUGGCUAAACUUUGGCUGUCUGACCCAAUGCAUUAUACCUAUGUUGACUCUAUUUUCCCACAACUAUAAAGUGAAAUGUCGGCGACCGUAACUGCUAUGCUCUGACUUGUCGUGUAAGAUGAUUUCCGAGCUAAUGUAUAUUUUUUUGUUUGUUUAA